AUCGGAGUGCGCGUCGGCAAGUAAGGCGGAAGUGUUGUGUAAACGCGAAGAGGCUCGUUUUUGUCUAAAAUACCAACAAGGACUUUACUAAGAUGACAUCCCAGGAAAUACAUCUGUGUGGUCUUCUGCUGCAGGAGCACUUUGGUGAGGUGGUGGAGAAAGUGGGAACACACCUGCUCAGAAGUGGAGCACAGAAUUUAAGAAUGAUCAUUCAUGAGACUGGCAUGUCCCUAGAUCUGGUAAAGAAGUGCUUGUGUGUGCUCGUGCAACAUGGGGCUUGUGCGUUCCGCUCUGGCCGCAGAGGACCUGGGAGCCCCACCAAGUAUCAGACCAGCUGCAAACAGAUUUUAAGAAUACUGCGUUACCCACGCUACAUCUACACCGCGAAAACACUGUAUGGAGACACCGGAGAGAUAAUCAUAGAGGAAAUACUACAGCAAGGUCACAUGACCAUGAGCAGCAUUGUUAAGUCAGUCGCUGACCGUCUCACGCAGAACAUGGAGGAGGGAAGCAGCAUGGAGUACAGUGAAGUUUGUUCUACAUUCUCCAAACUGGUGGAGACUCACUUUCUUCAGCGCUGCCCCGCAGUGAUGGGGAGUGCAACAACAGCCACUGCUACUCCAGGUACUCCUGCUGUUCCUGUUAGCACAUCCACACCUGCACCAGAGAGUUCCCCCGACUGCUACACGGUACCUCACGUAACACUCAUAGGACGGGGAAAACGUCAACACUCCAGCGAGGACGGAGAGGACCAGCAGAAUUCAAAGAAGGCUAAAACAGAUACCGAGGUACAUGGUGAUGAAGGGAUUUACUGGCAGGUGAAUUUUCAGAGGUUCCAUCUUUACUUCAGAGACCAGGCCAUCAUUAGUGCUGUAGCCAACAAACUCGACCAGACAAGCAGUGAGAUAGUGAGGACAAUGCUGAGGAUGAGUGAGGUCACGACCUCCGCGUCAGCUGCUUCCACAAGGCCCCUCUCAGCCAAUGAAAUCUUCAGGUCCCUCCCAACCAACUACAACAUCAUCCGUCCCAUCUUAGACCAGUACCUCACUCUGCUGGUGGAUGACCCGAUGGAGUUUGUAGGGAAAGCUGGUGAAAGCGGAGGAGGGAUGUAUGUUGUCAAUUUGCACAGAGCGCUGGCCAAUCUGGCACGGGCCACGCUAGAGUCUGCAGUACAGGAGAGGUUUGGUUCUCGGUCAGCGCGCAUCUUCCGUUUGUUGCUAAGGAAGCGUCAUCUUGAGCAGAAGCAGGUGGAAGAUUUUGCCAUGAUACCAGCCAAGGAGGCUAAAGACAUGCUGUACACGCUGCUUUCACAGAACUUGGUCCAGCUACAGGAAAUCCCAAAGACUCCUGACUACGCUCCCUCUCGUACCUUCUAUCUUUACACCGUCAAUCAACUUCCUACAGCAAGAAUGCUGCUUCAGAACUGCUACAAGACAGUGGCCAACCUCAUACAGAGACGGCUGUUUGAGACCAAAGAGAACAAGCGGCUGCUGGAGAAAUCUCAGAGAAUCGAAGCCAUUCUGGCGUCUCUGCAGGCCAGCGGGGCUGAACUAGAGCAGCUGACCGAGGUUGAAGAGAUGAUCACUGCUCCGGAAAAACAGCAACUGACCUCGUUACGGCUUCAUAUCAACAAGUUGGAUUCUGCAGAGAACCAAGUAGAUGAAACCAUCUUUCUACUGGAAUCUUACAUCAGCUCCACUGUCACAGCAGUUUGAGAGUCACACUUGUGACCAUUAAAACAUUGCCAUAGUAUUUGUGAUGAUUUUGUUAGAAUAUAGUUUUUUAUUUAUUUUUUUUUAUUGAAUGUAUCAGCAAAUAAACCAACUAUAAUUAGAGAAGCCUGUUUAUUCUGAUGCCCAUCCCAGAUCCUUUGGCUGACUUCCACCAAACGUGAUGGACAACCCUACAAUUGGCCUUAAUUGCAGUUUUUUUAAAAAUAAUUUGGGUCAAGUUCAAGGAAUUUGAUUUUUAACCAUAUUUGGACCAAACAUGGUACAUGCAAUUGUGGAUUCCACAACUGCAAGGUCAGCCAGAGGUCAAUCAAUGGGGUCAAGGUCAGUGGGGUCAAACAUAAGAUAUGUCAUCUUUUUACUAUCUUCACACCCACAGGUAAUAUUACCCAGUUCACCAAAAAUAAGAAUCUCUGUUCAACAGUUUUAAUUCCAGCAAAGAACAAACUACACAACAGACAUGAGACUGAUCAUUUGAAAUGUAAAACCAUGAUGGUGUCUGAAUUUUAAAUAGAAGAGUGAUGUAAUGUUUUUUGUUUUUUUCCUUUAAAAUAAAAAGUUUAUUUACAUAAGA